CGUGUUUCCGGAAGACGUGGCUAGUGCUACAGUGGCACUACAGUUGUAAUAGCAUUUGAACUUGUAUUUUAGUAAAAUACAAUUAACAGUGUAAACCUUUAUAUUUUACAAGCUGUUGAUUCAUUGUCAAAAUGAUCUCUCUAACGGACUCACAGAGUAAGGCGAUUUCUAUUUUAUCUAACGGUUGUUGCUUGCCAACUUGUUCCAGCUCUUUGGCUAACGUUCGUUAGCAAGCUAGCCUCUCAACUACAUUACUAACGCUAAGUUAAGCUAGGCUAUUCUCUUAAUGUGAGGAAACCAGCUAGAAAUAGAUAGCUAGCUGAAUAGUAUUUUUUUGCUAGAUAGAGUGACCAUUGACAGCUAACGUUAGCUAGCUAAUUAAUGACAUUCAUUCUGAGCCAGAUGGCUAGUUAGGGAGCGAGGAUGUCAAUUGAAACCACAGGAGGUUGGUGGCACCUAAUUGGGGAGGACGGGCUCGUGCAAUAUGUGGAAUGGUAUGUUGGAUGCCAUCCAUUCGCUCCGUUACCGCCAUUAUUAUGAGCCGUUCUCCCCUCAGCAGCCUCCUGUGAUUGAAACAUAUUAACUUUAGUGUGCUUGGAUACUUGAAAUAAUGUGAUUCCUCUUUCUUGCAGAGAUCGGAAUGGGACUAACAGGCUUCGGUGUGUUUUUCCUCUUCUUUGGAAUGAUCCUGUUUUUUGACAAAGCACUCCUUGCAAUAGGAAAUGUGAGUGAUUUCAUCAUCACCAUCCACAGUUCAUAUUCAGAAUGUUUGCCUACCUUCUGCAGCUACAUACAUGAGGCUUACGUUUUGCUAUAUUUAUUGGACGUUGGUGUGAUCUGCAAUACAAUUAUCUCUGAGUGACACUGAGAAACACACAGCUGCAGAGUCAGAGCUCCUUGCCUGAGGGUUAACGGUUGUUCACUCUAUCUGUGUGUGCCUUUCUGUCUCUAUCUCUCUCUCUCUCUCAACUGAGAACAAUCACCACCUUCUAGAGUUGUAGGGUUUAAUUGUGAAGUACUCUGUCAUUGUCAACAAACAUUGACAUUGUCUGUUCCCUGUCCCUUCUAUCUCUCUCUAUAGAUCCUGUUUGUGGCUGGCCUGUCGUUUGUGAUCGGUCUGGAGAGGACGUUCCGCUUCUUCUUCCAGAAACACAAGAUGAAGGCCACCAGCUUCUUCCUGGGUGGAGUGUUGAUCGUUCUUAUUGGCUGGCCCAUUGUGGGCGUGGUCCUGGAGGUCUAUGGCUUUUUCCUUUUAUUCAGGUGGGUACACCACAGUCCCCAGGCUCAGUUUGCUAAGCUUAUCUUUAGAAUAAGAUCCAGUCUGGAGGGAAACAAGCCAAGAAAGCUUUGUUUGUCCUGUCAACUGUGUCUCGCCCCCACUCCCUGUUGAGCGCAGCCCCCAUUUAAUGCAAGGGCUUUGCUGCGUGUAAAGAUCCGUAGUCCGUCAUCAUGUGCUUGCUGUUGUCAACUAACUCUCUCUCUUUCUCUCCCCCCUCUCUUUCUCUUUAUCUUCACCAGGGGUUUCUUCCCAGUGGCAGUAGGCUUCAUCAGAAGGAUACCCAUCCUGGGCUCCCUGCUAAACCUCCCAUUCAUCAGUGGGGUGAGUACAGUGAUCUAGUGGUAAUAAAACAUUUGUUUGCCGGUUACGGUGAAAAAAGUAACGCUCCUAUAGUUUCAAUGCAUUUUUCCUGGUGGGUAAACUGUGUUUACUUGCGUCUAUCCUCCACUACACAACUGGGUGAGUAAAACAAUGGGAACAGGAGCUACAAUGCAGUGGGUGCUGUGUGGGCUGAGGUAGUUAUACUAAAGGCAACACAUGGUCCACUUGGUCUCUGACAGUGGUUCUGGAAGGCUGUAGUGUCUCAUACUGUGUCACUCAAUCUUCUAUCAUAUAAGAGUGUGUGUGUGUGUGUGUGUGUGUGUGUGUGUGUUUUGAGGUGUAUGUUUGUGGAGUCACUUGUUUUGAGGAGAAUGUGUCUCUGUCUCUUUAAAGCCUUCGUAAUUAACUCUGAGGACAAUCCGCAGUCUUGGUCAGUCACUGCAGAUUUUCCCUUGCAUGUGAGCAUGAUUCACAUCUGUUUAUAAUGUAUGUUAUACUGUAAUGUUGCCUUAUGCCUGACCAGAGUAGGGAACCAUGGGUAUUGGAAAUAAUUUAUACUAGGACACCAGCAACAGAAUUUAUCCUACACACCGUUUUGUUUAGUCUACUCAAUCAGUCACGUCAAGCAAACAUUUUAUUGCCCAUGUACAACUAUGCACUAAACGUUUUAGUCAAGCUUCUCGAUGUCAUCUAUUUUGCUCUACUUUGCAAAGGGGACGGUAGACUGUUGACUUAUAUUUUUAUUUUCUCUCUGUCUUUCAGUUCGUGGACAAAGUGGGAGAGAGCAACACCAUGGUAUAACAGUGACUUUUUGUUUAUUAAGAAAAAAUCAUCUCUCUUAUAUUUAUGAUACAGUAGUUCUCAUAAAGCCACUUAACCCCCAUUGGUCAAUCGCUUACCUCCAACAGUUAGCUAGGUAAUUUUCAUGAGACUUUAUAUAUUAAGACCUCUUCCCGUUUCAAGGGAAAACGGUCUGCUUUUUUGUAUCUUGAUUCUGCAAUUUUAAGGUCCGUACCAGUCAAGGGUACCAGUCCUGGUUGCUACGGGCGACUCUUACUAAUGAAUCUGGAGUUGGUUACAAUGGCUACCCCAGAAUGUUUUACAUGUCGUUGUUGAAUGCUGCUCUCCUCUACUGGAGAACUCCCCACGAGAAGUAGAGUUCCUCUAACGGACUGAAGAGAACCAGCGUCCAUUUUCUAUCUCUUACUCUGCUAUUGAAUAUACAGACAAACUCACCAUGUCAUCGCCUCUGAAGACAGCCUCUGGACAACCUCAGAAGAGGUGUGGAGGAGGAGAGCUGGUCCUAUUGUUACAUUAUAGAUGGGGCCAGGGGGUUUUCCUAGUGCUGUGCUGUCUUGACAACAAUGAACUAGGGGUUAGCAAGAUGGCACAAACAGAUCUUAGACCAUGUUAGGGUUUCCUGACCAUAUGACCAGACCAGGGAAAACUCGAAGCCAUAGUUAUAGGUGGUUUCCUGGUCAGGUAUGGGAAAGACUCCUGGUCCUACUUAUGGUGCCUGUGCUUUCUCACACUGGACUAAAACUUGAGUCCUGUGGAAGAAAAUAGCUUUUCUUUCUUUUCUCUCACACCUGUUAUGAGUACCAGAUAUGGCAGUUGCAUAUUUUCCCCUUAUUUUUCUGUCAUUUCUGUGUAUGACUGGAUGAGAGAACUUCUGUAGAUUUUUUUUUUAAGCGCAACAUUUGAGUUGUAAUUUUAUCAAUGUAAACUAUAGGAAUGGAGGGUACUGAAUGGAAUGAUUACAUGUGAAAUGACAAUGCUUUGACAAUGUUUUGUCUGAUACUUUUGUAAUUACACAAAAACAAAAGAACUUGCGUUGUCCCAUUGUCAUUCAGUGUGUUUUGAUUGUGACAAAUGGAAAAUAUACUGAACAGAAAUAUAGAUGCUACAUGUAAAGUGUUGGUCC